AACUUUAUGAGAGAACCCAACCAUUGUACGUCAGAUGAGCAGAUACUCUUUUAGUUUUCUUGAGUAAUUGUGCAUUCCAUUUUCCCUUUACUUUUCCCUGAUAUGGACUUUGUGGGUAUUCCUUCAUUGAUAACUCUCCCAACUGAAAGGAUCUUAUCUAGGGGGUUGAAGAUGUAUGUUGUUGAGAGCAAAGGAGGUGCUAUAGUAUGUAUGCUGUUUUCUCUUUUCUUCUUGGGUACAUGGCCUGCUAUUUUGACUCUCCUGGAAAGGCGUGGCCGUCUUCCUCAGCACACUUACCUUGAUUACACCAUCACUAAUCUUUUGGCUGCUGUAAUCAUUGCUUUCACAUUCGGUGAGAUCGGGAAGAGCACACCAGAGCAGCCAAAUUUCUUGAUUCAGCUUUCUCAGGACAAUUGGCCAAGCGUUUUGUUUGCAAUGGCUGGUGGGAUAGUCCUCAGUGUCGGAAACCUGUCAACACAAUAUGCUUGGGCCUUUGUUGGUUUAUCUGUGACUGAGGUGAUCACUUCAAGCAUAACUGUUGUUAUAGGCACAACAUUGAAUUACUUCUUAGAUGACAAAAUCAAUAGAGCUGAAAUUCUUUUUCCUGGUGUUGGAUGCUUUUUGAUUGCUGUCUGUCUGGGCUCUGCUGUUCAUGCAUCCAAUGCCGCAGACAAUAAAGCGAAACUUGGUAAUUUGUCAGAUGUUCACAAAAAUGGGACAGGAGCUGGGACAUCUGUGACUAUAGUAGAAACAUAUCCAAACGCAGUUGCAAUGAAGGAUCCGGAAAAUGUAACUGGCACCAAGGAGAGGGCAAAAUUUGGAACUGCAGAAUUUCUCGUUGAGCUUGAGAGCAGAAGGUCCAUAAAGGUGUUCGGGAAGAGCACUUUUAUUGGCUUGUCCAUCACUUUCUUUGCAGGAGUUUGUUUUUCCCUCUUCUCACCAGCAUUCAACCUUGCAACAAAUGAUCAAUGGCACACUUUGAAACAUGCAUUCAACCUUGCAACAAAUGAUCAAUGGCGCACUUUGAAACAUGGUGUCCCCCACUUAAGUGUUUACACUGCAUUUUUCUACUUCUCGGCCUCUUGUUUUGUGGUUGCCACCAUUCUGAAUAUCAGCUUCCUGUAUUACCCUAUUCUAAAAUUACCUCGAUCAUCACUAAAGGCUUACUUGUCAGACUGGAAUGGCAGAGACUGGAAUGGCAGAGGUUGGGCCUUUUUGGCUGGACUUUUGUGUGGGUUCGGGAAUGGACUCCAAUUCAUGGGAGGUCAAGCAGCUGGAUACGCGGCAGCAGAUGCUGUUCAGGCACUUCCACUUGUGAGCACCUUUUGGGGCAUACUUAUUUUUGGAGAGUAUCGGAAAUCGUCAAGAAGAACAUAUGUAUUUCUCGUGGGCAUGUUGUCUAUGUUCAUUGCUGCUGUUGGGGUUCUCAUGGCAUCAUCGGGGCAUCGGAAAUGA